GCCCGAGAGCCGCAGCCCUGGCGUGCGGUCCGCCCUGCGGGCAAGCGGGCCGGCGGUAUGGGGGAGCGUCGCGCUCGGCCCGAGCCCUAGCGGCGGCCGUGGCGGCCCGGCGCUGAAGCGAGAGGUGGCCGCCUGGCAGAGGGGGGGCCCGGGGCCGGCUCGGCUUCCAGAGCAUGUCGUGAUGGCUGCAGAGAAGACACUGCAGGAAUACGGGGUACUCUGCAUUCAAGAAUACAGGAAAAGCAGCAAAGUGGAGUCAAGUGUCCGGAACAGCUUCAUGGGCUUGAAGGAUCACCUGGGGCAUGACCUUGGCCACCUUUGUAUGGAGAGCACUGACCCGCAGAUAAGUGCAGCUGUGCCUUGGCCUAUGGGAGAGAACCCAACAAUGGAUACAGUCAAUUCAGGGAAGGAAGAAAAAGAGGUGUCUGAAGAGAGUGUGAGCUCUGGGGACUCUGAAGAAAGCACAAAUUCUGAUCAUGAGUCAGGACAACUGAGUAGCCUUUCAGUAGAGCCAUGCUUAUUAACCAAGACUCACAGGCAGUUAUGUCGGUCUCCCUGCUUAGAGCCUCACCUGCUUAAACAUAGUGACAUUUUGCAAGACUUUAAACCAGAUGGGUCCCAGACCCCAUCCAAGGAAGUGAAGAAACCCCCUGAUGUGGUUCGUGAAUACCAAACAAAACUGGAGUUUGCACUGAAGUUAGGUUAUUCUGAAGAGCAGGUCCAGCUUGUGCUAAACAAACUUGGUACUGAUGCUUUAAUCAAUGAUAUAUUGGGAGAACUUGUCAAACUUGGAAACAAAAGUGAAGCUGAUCAAACAGUUAGUACUAUAAACAGUGUAAUGCGGGAAACAUCAUCGCUGGAAUCUCAGAGGUCUGAGUCUCCAAUGCAAGAAAUUGUAACAGAUGAUGGUGAAAAUCUGAGACCAGUAGUUAUUGAUGGUAGCAAUGUGGCAAUGAGCCAUGGAAACAAAGAAGUAUUCUCUUGCCGAGGAAUAAAAUUAGCAGUGGAUUGGUUUUUGGAAAGAGGCCACAAAGAUAUUACCGUUUUUGUUCCUGCAUGGAGAAAAGAGCAAUCCCGACCUGAUGCUCUCAUCACAGACCAGGAAAUUCUUCGGAAACUAGAGAAGGAAAAAAUCCUGGUAUUCACGCCAUCACGGCGCGUCCAGGGCAGGCGAGUGGUGUGCUAUGAUGACCGGUUCAUCGUGAAGCUAGCUUUUGAGUCUGAUGGCAUAAUUGUGUCCAAUGAUAACUACAGAGAUUUGGCAAAUGAGAAACCAGAAUGGAAGAAGUUCAUAGAUGAACGGUUAUUAAUGUAUUCCUUUGUCAAUGACAAGUUUAUGCCCCCUGAUGACCCUCUUGGAAGACAUGGCCCAAGUCUGGAUAAUUUUCUUAGGAAGAAACCCAUUAUUCCUGAGCACAAAAAACAACCUUGUCCAUAUGGAAAGAAGUGUACCUAUGGACACAAGUGCAAAUAUUACCACCCAGAAAGGGGCAGUCAGCCUCAGCGGUCAGUAGCUGAUGAACUUCGUGCCAUGUCUAGAAACACAGCAGCCAAAACGACAAAUGAAGGGGGACUGGUGAAAAGCAACAGUGUUCCUUGUAGCACCAAGGUUGAUAGCACUUCGGACGUUAAACGAGGUGCUCCAAAGAGGCAGUCAGACCCGAGCAUAAGGACUCACGUCUACCAAGACAUAGAGGAAAAGCUUCCCACCAAAAACAAAUUGGAAACCAGGUCUGUACCUUCUUUAGUUAGUAUACCGGCUACUUCUACUGCAAAACCCCAAAGCACUACAUCUUUAAGCAAUGGCCUUCCAUCUGGAGUUCAUUUCCCACCUCAGGAUCAAAGACCACAGGGACAGUACCCUCCAAUGAUGAUGGCAACCAAAAAUCAUGGAACGCCAAUGCCUUAUGAACAGUAUCCAAAAUGUGACUCGCCUGUUGACAUUGGAUAUUAUUCCAUGUUGAAUGCGUAUUCAAAUUUGAGUAUCUCAGGCCCCCGAAGUCCUGAAAGGCGUUUCUCAUUAGACACUGAUUAUAGAGUAAAUUCUGUAGCUUCAGACUGCAGCAGUGAAGGGAGCAUGAGCUGUGGGAGCAGCGACUCCUAUGUGGGGUACAAUGAUCGGUCCUAUGUCAGCUCCCCUGACCCACAACUGGAAGACAAUAUGAAGUGUCAACACAUGCACCCUCACAGCCGCCUUAAUUCCCAGCCCUUCCUGCAGAAUUUCCACGACCCCGUAACCAGAGUGCAAAGUUACAGUCAUGAAGAACCAAAGUUCCAUCACAAGCCUCCUCUUCCACAUGUGGCUAUGCAUCUGCAGCACCCUGCUGUGGGUGCCCGGUCCAGCUGUCCCGGUGAUUACCCCUCUCCACCAAGUUCCACACACUCUAAGGCACCACACCUAGGGAGGUCCUUAGUGGCCACGAGAAUAGACAGCAUUUCUGAUUCUCGACUCUAUGAUAGUUCUCCUUCAAGACAAAGAAAGCCUUACUCACGCCAGGAAGGCUUAGGAAGCUGGGAUAGGCCAAGCUACGGGAUGGAUGCAUAUGGCUAUCGGCAGACUUACUCCUUACCCGAUAACUCCACACCUCCGUGCUAUGAGCCAGUCACCUUCCAGAGCCUACCUGAGCAGCAGGAGCCCACAUGGCGAAUCCCGUACUGUGGAAUGCCACAAGAUCCUCCUAGGUACCAGGACAACCGGGAGAAGAUUUAUAUCAAUUUGUGCAACAUCUUCCCGCCUGACCUUGUGAGGCUUGUCAUGAAAAGGAAUCCUCACAUGACAGAUGCCCAGCAGCUUGCUGCAGCCAUCUUAGUAGAGAAAUCGCAGCUGGGUUAUUGAAAAGAUGAUGCAUCUUUGUGGUGUUGAGUAGUUUUUUGUUCAGCUCAGAUGCUGAGGGAGGUUUGCUACAAUAGCACAUGUAAUCUCCUUCUGGGCAAGGAGGUUAUAUAGUAUCCAUUUAUGUGAAACACUGUAUCAUGGAAUCUGUAUUGAACCCCACUGGUGGACGUAUCACGGGAUUGCUUUACAUUCAAACUUUUUUUUUAAACAUUUCCUUUUUAAAGCUAUACACUUGGCUGGAAGUUUCUCCAGUUUGAUUUAAUAGAUGUAUCUGUGAUCUUUGAUAUUCCUCUUUGGUGCAUCAGGGGUUUAUAUGCAGCACUUUUUAUCCUUGUUUCCUGUCUUACUAACUUGGUGUUUGUCUGUCAACUGCAAGCAAUUGCAGUACCUUCAGAGUGUGGAGGUACUGGACUAGACCUAGCAAACUAUUUCCUCAAGCCAAGCUUAACUAGAAUCCUUUAUAGCUUUUUAAGUUAUUUUUAUUUGGGGAAAGUGGGCUUCUUUGUGCUAUAAUCAUUAUUUAUAGAAACAAAGAUAUACUACAGCACUGACUUUAUAUUUUAAACAAAAUAUAAGUUAUCAGUUAUAUUAAAAUGGGUAAUAGUAUAUAUUAGAAUGAUUUCCAAUAUGGCACUUUUUAUUAUUUUUUUUUUGGGGGGUGGGUGUUUCCUGUAAGAAAAUUAGUUAAUUUUAAAUGGUCAGUUUAAAAGAAAGCAGAUGCAAUCAAUGGAAAAAAGUUUCCAUUUUCUUUUUUAUGAAUAAGGCAAAAGCCGUAACUAUCACAGGUUAAAGCUUUGUUUUCCAGCUGAAAUGUACUUCUGAUAGUAGAAAGGAGAUUGAGGUUCUAGCUUUCCAUUCAUGUGUAUUUUUAAUGUCUGUCUUAUUUGUGGGAGGCACAAUACUGGAUGAAUAAUUCUUUCACAGUACUUGCCUGUUUUUAAUGAAUCUAAGUAUUCUCAAUGCAACUUUUAUAUUUAAUACACUCUAGCUUUCCUGCUAUUUAUCAAAGCUGGCCUGAGAUGGUCUGAUGUGUUGAGGAUAUGCAACAUUUAUUGAUACUGCACUAUAGAAAUGGCAAUGGAGGACUUGUAAAUGGUAACUUAAAAUUUUUGUAAGAUAUUGUAUAUUUUCCAUUUUCCUGAAGGUAGUUUUUUUGGGGGGCCUGUUACAUUAUUAAGGCCAGACUCUUGCCACAAAUAGUGUAGUUUUAGAUACAGACUGAAGUCUGUUCUAGUAUUAGUAAGGGAUAUUUCUGGUUGCAAAGUCACAGGUUUUGCUUGCUGUAGUGACAUUUCUGAGAAUGGGAAGAUGGGUUUAUGAUCAGUGCAGACAGUAUUGCGCUAGACAGAACUUGACUCAGAAUCAUUGAGUGUAAAGGACAAGUCUAGCUUUGUUCCUGUUGUCAGACUCGAUGCUCUGAUCUGUUUGGUCCUGCAGCCUGAGAGAGGCAAAGCCCUGAAAACCAGAAAGUACCUUUUACUGUUGAUACAAAUUGUAUCUUUUUAACAAUAAGAACUAUUUUGAUUUGUAGAUCUAGUUAAAAACACAAAUGUGUAACUAUAAUUAGACUUUUGGGCAACAUUUUAUCCCUUAUUUAAAUACAAAAUUUUAAAGUAAAAUUGAAGUCUAGAAUAGGGUAGAAAAUAAAAGUAACAAUUAAGGUAAAUAAAGGUGUCUGUCAUAGUUUUAUAUAUUAACAUAUAUUAAAUAAAUUUAUUGGCAUUUUCUCUCUCCUAAAACUUACUUAGUGUGAACUUAAAAUAAAGGUAAAAUGCUGCCUGAAAUAACGUCCAAGCAUCUUCGACUAGGAUAACAUUUUCACUACUUGUGUGACACUGUGUGUUGCAUGGAGUAGGAUUUGGGUACACAGUAAAUGCUUCUAAACAGCAUUGUGCAUAUUAGCAUAUCCAAUAAUCUGAACCAUGUUCAGCAAACUUAAUUCAGGAAAGUGAUGUUCUACAGUUACUGCUGUUGUGUUUGAGUGAGUGUGGCACACGUCUUUACCAAGAGUGAUGCAGGUGGUGCCACACCAGCCAUUCCUAGUGGUGUCUGUCUGAGAGUGACACUGCUGACUUGUGAAACUGUCCUUGAUUUUGUCAGUCAUUGUCCAAAGGACAGGUUGAAUUGUGGAGGCUAAAUGAGUGCCAAAAACAGGGUUACAAAUGUGGGAUUCCUUUUACCCAGCCUACCCAGCCAUAUCGUGAGGCUAGAGUAGGAAGUCACUUCAAAUGAACAUGUCGCGUUUGCUUCAUUUUAGCACUGUGAUUAUUUGGAAGUGGGCAAACUUGACUAAAUGGAUUUAAGUGAGACCUUAGGUAAGAAGGAUAUGGCUUUUAAAAUUUGGCCUUCUAAUGAUUUUAGCUGACUCGUUGCCCUCCUUUUCAUCUUUAAUAUAGUCCCUGCCAGUGUCUGUCAUGGAGUGGGUAGCUCUGACCCACUCACCCCUACAUUUCUCAGUGCCAUUAGCUGUGUGCUAAGGAAAAGUUUUCUUAUGACAAGAGGACAGUCUGUCCCCUUUAAUGGAGCACCAACAUUGCUUGCAGAGUUUAACAUAAUUGGCAGACUUCAGCUACAAUCAAAUUCUCAAAUAUCUCAAUAAGUAACAGGAGUCCAUUAUUAAGUUCAUAGCUGAUCAUAAACCUUAAUUUUAGCUAAAAUAUUACUUACCAAUUGCUAAUUCCUAUUUACCAGACUUUCUAAAAUAAAUAAAUAAACAACGUGAAAAUGGUGUGUUAAUAAGUAAUAAAAAUGCCAGAAUUGGUCAGCUGAUAAAAAGGACUCAGACUGGAAUAUUCUGCCCCUGAAUAACAGACCGUUGACUGUACUUUAUGCAGUAAUUAGCUGUUCGUUUGUCCCUGUGUCUUAGUCCAGAGGGAAUAGUACCUAACUGGCCAAAAUGGUCCUUAGAAUUUCCUCUUUUCUUGCAUGUAAUACAGACGUUUUCAGUCUCGUUAUCUUAACAGGAGUUUGUCACUGACCUAAACAGUGAAAGUAAUGGUCACCAGUAUAAAAUAUUUGACACUGGUGGAAACUUGAAUUUUGUGUUUUUAUGAAAAUACAUUUAUGAUAAUAUGUAAUAUACCUAAAGAGGGUGUUUUAUAUAUACACAUGUUUGUUAUGAAGUAUUAAAAAAAUGGGGGGGUUGUCUUUUAAUGAAUAGCAUUUUCCUGAUUGAAUUGUUUCUUUGAGUUGUGUGACCAAGUCUAGGGUCUAUUUGACCAAUGAUAAGAUUCAGAACCACUUCCAUGGAAAGAAACACUUGGUUGGUUUUAUUCUUGGUAUUUUAAAGAUUAUUUUGAUAAUUUUAAUAGAAUGUGUAAUUUUUAAAUACACAAAGUAGUAUUGAUUAUUCAAUGAUUAUUUAACAUGUCUUUUAUGGAUGUAUCUAUAUGUAUAUAGACAGUAAUAUAUUUAUAAAACAAAUAUACUCUAUGUUGUAUUUUUUAGUUUAUAAUAGAUG